AAUCUGCGCGCGAAAAUUCGGUGUGGCAGUCUCCGGCGUUAAAUGACACCAGGACCUCACUGUUGGUGCCACUUGAAGUAAAUGAGAGAUUUUUUAAAUAUUUUGUCUUGUCAUCGAACAGCAUUAACCGACUGACACAUCCCUAUCGGUUGAAUCAUGAGCAGAUAUUUCACACGGUUACGAGUGAAGAGGAGCUACAAAUGGAAAAGUCGACCCAUAAGUCUAGAUAGGAAGUUGAAAAGACACUUCUACGAAUCUUUGAUUAUUCAAGUGGAAGGAAGACCUGUAGACACCGUUGUUACUUUGGGCCAGUACAUUCUCAUCGAAGGCGAUGAUGAUGACAACCCAUAUGUGGCUCAGCUUCUUAAGUUCUUCAGUGACGACGAGGGCAAGGCGAAGAAGGCAAUAGUGCAGUGGUUUAUACGGUACUCCGAAGUACCUCAUAACAAGAGGAAACUGCUCGGCAGAGCUCCACAUGCUCAGGAGAUCUUUUACUAUAAGGCCUCCUCAUGUGACAGUGAGGUGGAUGCAGAGACCAUCCUGGGCACAGUGGAGGUGAAGCAUGUUCUAGGAGAGGACCCUUUCCCUGACCUUCCAAGCGAUGACUAUCUCUUUGUAAAACUGUUGUGGGACACCAAGGCCUUUAAAUUGCUCGACCCAGAUCUCAUGAAGCCAUUCCAGAAUGCCAUGACUCCACCGAAGCAGAUCCUUCAGUCACCUCUGCAAGAGAGUCCUGUGUUGGCCCUGCCCGUCACCCCCGCCCAUCGGAGCACCACUCCACGCAUCCUGCCCACGCCGGACCCCGUGGUGAUGAACAGGGCUGGCUCCGGCGUGAGCCACACACCCUACAGCCGCAACUGCAUGAGCACGGGGAGGAGGAGCAGCCGCGAGGCAGAGUCCAUCCACUCGGCCUCCAAACUCUCGGCCUCCAAGCUGCUGAGUGGGAAGAGGCGCGGACGAAUCACAUCCGAGCCAGCGAUCCGCAAGAAGCUGGAGCUCUGCAGUCCAGGAAAGAAGAUGACCAGGGAAGAUGUACUGGGGGAACUCCUGGAUGAUGAUCUGGCCCAGGAGCUCACCACCUCCUCACCACCUCCUAAACGUUGUCUGAAGUUCACCAUACAACUGACUCCCCUCAGAGUCAAACUCAAUCCCCUCAAAGACGAGGAGUGCUUCUCCCUCCAGCCUCUCCAGAGCCCCGACAAGCCCACACCUACUGCUCUGGACACACAGGAUUCAACAAGUCUAGGGGUAUGUCCCCUUGAGGAUUCUGAUGACGAGGGAGUGACUGUGCUUCCAACCCCCCAGCGGAGAAAGGCUACUCCCAGGAGAGGCAGUCUAAGGAGGCAGGCAAGGACCCCUUCGCAGAGGAAGAGUUCCUCUGAUCUCCUGAGGGAGCCAUCGCUGGCCGUGCUGCGGGAGGAGGAGCAUCACGAGCUCGAGGCUGCAGCAACUCCACGCUCCAGGAGGAAGUGUGCCCAGCUGGUGUCUUCACGAAUCAGGAAACAACUGGCUGUUUCUGGCGAGAGUAGUUCAGACGAUGAGGUCGGCGAUGACGACGCCUUCAUGCCAUCUAAAAUCGACCUUCAGAGCAGCAGCGACGAGGAGGUGGGGGCCAAAGUGGACAGUGACGACGAGCUCGGGGUGACGCGCAAGAGCCGAAGACUGAGUGGAUCUCGCACCCCACGGGCCGUGGAAAAAACACGGCCCUCUACCAGGACCCCACGCAAGACUCCCAGCAAAAAGCAGACUGCUCCCACUACCCCUAAGACCCCCAGGACCCCGAAAACACCUCGUCAUGCAACGCCGGUUAUCCCAAGCCGAAGUCAGCCUGCCAGAACCCCAGGGAAUGUCUUGGAAGAAGCACGCGCAAGGCUGCACGUGUCCGCAGUCCCAGAGUCUCUGCCUUGUCGGGAACAAGAGUUUCAGGACAUCUAUAACUUUGUGGAGAGCAAGGUCAUCGAUGGGACUGGAGGGUGCAUGUACAUUUCUGGAGUGCCCGGCACAGGGAAGACUGCCACUGUACACGAGGUGAUCCGCUCACUGCAGCAGGCAGCAGACCUGGAUGAGAUUCCACAGUUCCGCUUCAUUGAGAUUAACGGCAUGAAGAUGACUGACCCACACCAAGCCUAUGUCCAGAUUCUGCAGAAACUCACCAAUCAGAGGGUCACCCCGGACCAUGCAGCCAGUCUUCUUGAGAAACGCUUCAGUAAUCCCGCCCCCAAGAAAGAGACCACUGUCCUACUGGUCGAUGAGCUGGACUUGUUGUGGACCAGGAAACAGAACGUGAUGUACAACCUGUUUGAUUGGCCGACACGUCGCCAUGCACGUCUGGUUGUGCUGACUAUUGCCAACACCAUGGAUCUCCCCGAGAGAAUCAUGAUCAACCGCGUGGCCAGUCGCCUGGGCCUCACUCGGAUGUCGUUCCAGCCGUACACCUUUAAGCAGCUGCAGCAGAUCAUUGCCUCCAGGCUGAACCGAGUGCGGGCGUUUGAAGAGGAUGCCCUCCAGCUGGUGUCCAGAAAGGUGGCGGCGUUGUCCGGUGAUGCCCGGCGCUGUUUGGACAUCUGCCGCCGUGCCACAGAAAUCUGUGAAUUCACGGCCAAACCGAAGAGUGACACGGGAUUGGUUGGAAUGAGUGAUGUGAUGCAAGCACUGGAUGAAAUGUUCUCGUCCUCCUACAUAACUGCCAUCAGGUGUGCGUCUGUUCAGGAGCAGCUCUUCCUCAGGGGCGUCAUCUCGGAGUUUCGACGCCUUGGUUUAGAAGAGGCCACGUUCCAACAGGUGUUUGUGCAGCACCAGGCUCUGUGUCGUGUGGAGGGGUUGCAGCCCGUCAGCGUGUCCGAGUCCCUGGCAGUGUGCCAGCGUCUGGGGGCGUGUCGUCUGCUGCUGCUGGAGGCCAGCCGGCUGGACCUGCUGCUGCGCGUGCGUCUCAAUGUCAGCCAGGACGACGUGCUCUACGCCCUCAAGGCCGACUGACCGACCGCACGCAGCCCCACUCCCAGUCGCCCAAACGUGGUCCCAAGCGCAGAUCAGCUGGGACUGAACUAACGCUCUCUGUGACCUCAAAGGCAAACGAACCGUGAUCACUGACCUCCAGAAAACAUACCCACCAGGUCUUACACUAGUACUUCACUCAUCUCUUUCUACAGACAGCUACACUUAGUCUGGAGAACUUGCUCUGUGCCCUGAAGGAUGAGUCAGACUUGGACUGAGUACUUGAGACAUCCAUUACCAUAGGCCUUUUUAUUGGAGUCAGGGUGGCUUGUUUAAUUGCCAAAAAGCUAAGUAUUCUCAAAAAAAAAAACGCCUAAGAGAGUAAGACAUUUAUUUUUUUCCAUUCGGUGCCAAGUAAGACCUCUUCAGUGUUCUGUGGCUCAAUUGCAGUUUCCUGGGCCACUU